AUGGAGCCGGCGGUGCUGGCCCAACACAACCUCCCGCACCACGAGCCAAUCAGCUUCGGCAUUGAUCAGAUCCUGAGCGGCCCCGAGCCCCCGGGGGGCAGCCUAGGCCCCGGCCGCGGGGGCCCGGGUCAUGGGGAGAAUGCGGCGUACUCGGGUGGAUUCCACGGAGCCUCAGGUUACGGCCCUGCGGGCUCGCUGGCCCCGCUGCCCGGCAGCUCCGGCGUGGGCCCGGGCGGCGUGAUCCGCGUCCCGGCGCACCGCCCGCUGCCCGUGCCACCGCCCGCUGCAGGCGCGCCUGCGGUGCCUGGGCCCUCAGGUUUGGGCGGCGCCGGGGGCCUAGCCGGACUCACCUUCCCCUGGAUGGACAGCGGUCGCCGCUUCGCCAAGGACCGGCUUACAGCUGCGCUCUCGCCCUUCUCCGGGACGCGCCGCAUAGGUCACCCCUACCAAAAUCGGACCCCUCCGAAGCGGAAGAAGCCGCGCACGUCCUUCUCACGCUCGCAGGUGCUGGAGCUGGAGCGGCGCUUCCUGCGCCAGAAGUACCUGGCCUCCGCCGAAAGGGCCGCGCUGGCCAAGGCCCUGCGCAUGACCGACGCACAGGUCAAGACCUGGUUCCAGAACCGGCGCACCAAGUGGCGGCGCCAGACAGCAGAGGAGCGCGAGGCCGAGCGGCACCGCGCGGGCCGCCUGCUCCUGCACCUGCAGCAGGACGCGCUGCCGCGGCCCCUGCGGCCGCCACUACCCCCGGACCCGCUCUGUCUGCACAACUCUUCGCUCUUCGCGCUUCAGAACCUGCAGCCCUGGGCGGAGGACAACAAGGUGGCCUCCGUGUCGGGGCUCGCCUCGGUAGUGUGAGCGACGCCCGAGCGCUGUUUUCCAGACCGAGGAGCCGCGUGGAGCUCCGGGCCUGGGUCGGUG